UCCGCGUCUGCUGGCGUGACGUCAUCAUCGCGCGCCACGCGAGACCCCGUGGUAUCGGCAAAGUCAAGCGACAUCUCCUCUGUCAGAUUACAUUAAACCCGUAAACUGUGUUUUCUCAGAGGGUUGUGAAGAUGAACAGUGUCGGCGAGGGCUGCACGGAGCUCAAGCGCGAGUACGAUCAGUGUUUUAACCGCUGGUUCGCCGAGAAAUUCCUGAAAGGAGACCGCAGCGCAGAUCCAUGCAGCGAGCUAUUCCUCAAAUACCACACGUGUGUUCAGAAAGCCAUCAAGGAGAAGGACAUCCCUAUAGAAGGUGUGGAGUUCAUGGGCCCAAACAGAGAGAAACCCGGCAGCUGAUAGCCUGAUGUUCACCUGAACGUGACCGGAUGUUGAUUUAUUUGAACGAGGACAGAUGUGUUGCCUUCAUCAGAACGCUCGGACACAAAGACUGCAUCGCUGACCCUUUGAUGGACACAUACUGUUGAGACUAAAACUGUACAUUCAGUGCAUUGCUUAUUAAAUAGGGAUUAUGUGGCAUGUUUGAGCUGUCAGCACCACUGAGGCUUUUUAAACAUGCGGGGAAAUGCAUGUGUGGAUUAAAAUGAAACCAGCCAGGUGCAGCUGUCUGUCAUGUGCCUCAGAAGAAGUUUGUUAAUGUAAAACAUAUACAUAUGAGCUCAUGUUGUUCGGAGUGGGUGCAUUGUUUUUACUUUCAUUAUUUUUUUUUUAAUUGCAAGCCAACAAUGAAAACAAUUGUUUCACUUCUGUCCAAAUGGCCUCAAGGAUUUGAACACUGGUACCAAUUUGUUUUGAGUAUAAUACAUUUAAAUUAAUUAAAUAAAGACUAUAAAUGGA